UUUACUGUAAUUUUUAUGAUUUUUCAUUGUUUCUUAAAUUGAUUCAAGUGUAAUUGUCUACUAUUUCUCUACACUUCCUGUUUGACAACUUUUAUUUUCUUCACCAAUUUUACUUCCACACUAAUGUUUUGACCACACGUGUGCUUCUUGACAGUUCUUUUAUCUUGCCAAUGCUUGUUUCCAACAAGCACAUCCAAGAAUGGAUCCCAAUUAAUGUGACAAUGGUUGACAUUAUUAAUUUUCUCAUGAAUAACAACCUGCAUCAUAGCCCAUUGCUGUAUUAUGAGGCCACGAGAGCUCUACUCAGAAUCAGAUGAGAUAAUCAUUUAUUAAUCAUCUGGUAACUAACCUGAUGGCAUGUUGGGGAGACAACCUGACAAUCUGAUGCUCGUGCAUCUUAUAUUAUCAUGAGGAGUUAACUCAACCACGCAAUGCAAAGCAUAUAGUUUUAAGUGAUCUGUAGCUUUGGUUCCUGCAACAGACAAGCGGAAUCUAUAGUGAUCAGGAUUAGCCAGGUUCAUUUAAUAAUACAGGAAGUUAUAAUAAACACACAUUAUUUGGUAGCAACCUGCCUGGGAGAUGUGUUACAAGUUGGUAAGUGCCAGCAAGGAGAUACAAAGGUGACACAUGAUCAUGAUUCUUGUUGUUUCCUGUAUAAUCUAAUUGGACAUUAAUUGCUAGGAGCUAGCUGCUUUGUAUAAGUAGAUGGGUUGAGAGAGCUAAUCAGAUCAACUUCUUGUCAUUGUUUCCACAUUAACUUCUUGUUUGAAGAGAAGAACAUCAAAAAUGGCAGACCAAGGUUUCCAUGCCAGAUCAAAUAGCUUGCCUGCAAGAUCUCACCCAAUGAUAGCCUCAGCAGAGGAAGAGCUGAACAAGUUAAAAGCUUGUGUCAUGGUGUCACCAAAGAUGAUCUGCAAAUCAUUGAGCAGUCUUUGUGUUUUCUAUGACUGCAUUGAAGACCUUCUUCACUUUUCAAGCACUCAACAAGUUCUUUCUCAUUCUCAAGAGAAGAAAUGGGUGGAAGAGGAGUUGGAUGCUUCUCUAAGGUUGGUAGAGCUCUGUGGUAUCAUAAGAGAUACCUUGGCUGUGACUAAGGAACAUGCUCAAGAACUUGAGAUGGUUCUAAGAAGGAAGAGAAACUUGAAUACUGAAAGCAAAGCGCCGGGCCACAUUCGAUCAGCUAAGAUGGCAAGAAAGAGUAUCAAGGAUUGUCUUAAAGCAAUGAAGCAAAUGGAUGAUAAACAUUCUGAUGGAUCAACAAUAGCCAAGAUGUUUAAUGAGGCAAGAUAUGUAACCAUUUCUCUAUUACAGUCAGUUGCUUCUUCUUUAUAUCCAAGUUCUACACACAGGAACAGCAAAUGGUCUUUUGUCUCAAAGGCAUUGCACAAGAAGAAGGUGGUGGAUGCAAAUGGCAUUGAUUUCUCAUUGAAUUCAAUAUAUGAGUUUGUUUCAUGCAAAAAUGUUGAUGGAUUGAGGAUGGUGAAAGCACAAGAUCAUUUGACAGAAAUGAUGAGUAACUUAGAAGGCAUUGAGAUGGAACUUGAGUCUCUCUACAAGGGACUCAUCCGAAAUAGAGUUUCCCUUCUCAAUCUUCUGAGCUUGUAUGAUCUGUGGCUUUGGUUCCUGCCAGAAGUGAGACAAGCAGAACUUAUAAUGAUCAGGAGUUGCCAGGUUCAUUCAAUAAUACAGGAAGUAAAAAAAGAUUAUUUGGUAGCAACUUGCCCGGGAGAUGUGUUACAAGUUGAUCAGUGCCAGCAAGCAGAUUUAAAGGUGACACAUGAUUAUGAUUCUUGUUGUUUCCCAUAUAAUCUAGUUGAUCAUUACUGGGUGCUAGCUGUUGACCAAGGUUUCCAUGCUAGAUCAAACAGCUUGCCAACAAGAUCCCACCCCAUGAUAUCGACAGCAGAGGAAGAACUGAACAAGCUAAAAGCUUGUGCUAUGGUGUCACCAAAGAUGAUCUGUAAAUCAUUGAGCAGUCUUAGUGUUUUCUAUGGCUGCAUUGAGGAGCUACUUCAGAUGCCUAGCAACCAACAAGCCCUUUCUCAUUCUCAAGAGAAGAUAUGGGUGGAAGAGGAGUUGGAAGCUUCUCUAAGGUUGGUAGAGCUCUGUGGCGUCAUUAAGGACACCUUGGCUGUGACAAAGGAGCAUGCCAAAGAACUUGAGAUGGUUCUAAGAAGGAAGAGAAGCAUGACCAAUGAAAGCAAGCAACAGUAUCACAUUCAGUCAGAUAAGAAGACAAGAAAGAGUAUCAAGAAUUGUGUAAAAGCAUUGAAGCAAAUGGAUGGGAAGGACUCUCAUAAAUCCACAGUAUCUAAGAUGUUCACUGAAGCUAGAGAAGUCACCAUUUCUCUCUUAAAAUCAGUUGCAUCUUCUUUACCUCCAAGCUCCACAAAGAAAAGCAGCAGGUGGUCUUUGGUCUCAAAGGCAUUGCACAAGAAGAAGGUGACAUGCGAAGAGUUUGAAGAUGAAAAUUGCAGAGAUUUCUCCUUCAAUUCAAUGUAUGAGUGUGUUUCAUGCAAAGAUAUUGAUGGCUUGAGAGUGGUGAAGGCACAAGAUCAAUUGGCAGAAAUUAUGAGUAGCUUAGAAGGGCUUGAGAUAGAACUAGAGUCUCUCUACAGGAGACUAAUCCAAAACAGAGUCUCUCUUCUCAAUCUACUAAGCCAAUAAAUCUGUGUCUCUCCUUAUGAUCGGCAUCCGCAUUUUAAAGGCAAUUGCUGGUCAUUCUUUGUAAAUCAAAAUUGUCCAUAAUUUGUACUAUAUGACUUGCAGUUUCAGUAAAAGAUCGAUACUUUCAGCAAUUUUUGGUUUUGCACUUUCAUAUAUGAAUUCUCAUGUCCAACACUUGAAAGGAUGUUUUAUUUUUCUGUCAUUUACUUUUAUUUAGAAUUAAUUA